CGAAAUGUCUCUUCUUGGAAGCGGCAGCGAAUGUUUGCGUGCCGACGAUUAAUCUUUUCAACUUGAUCAUUUCAUAAAUUUCCGCCAGCUUGGCUGAAUAAGCAAGCAAGGGGGCAGCCAUGGACCCCUCGUGGUCUAAUGGUGGGAAGCCACCAGAUGAAAGUACGGCCAGAGAUCAAAGGAAGGCAAGAAUUCAGCCAUUUUGGGAGGACCUAAGUGAUGACAAGGAGCCACGAACGACAAAGCCGGCCCUGCUGCAGCUGAUGCAGGACCUGAAGGAUGAGGGCAACACCCUCUUCAAAGAGACCAUGUAUGACCUGGCCUGGAUGCACUACCGCAAUGCUCUGUUCGUGGCACGGAUGCUGGAGAUGCGGUUCUACUAUGAAGUCAAAAAGGAUUUCAUCUCAACUCUCUUUUCAAACAGAGCUCUGUGUUGCUUGAAAAAGGAACUGUUUGAAGAAGCUGUGGCUGACUGUGAUUCAGCUAUUAGGACUCAGCCAACCAAUCUGAAGGCUUACUACCGCAAGGUGCAGGCUCUCAAGGCUCUACACAAGUACCAGGAUGCUCUGCAGCUGGCGCAGACUGGAUAUGCAAAACAGCCCACAGUAUUCAAGGAUCUGCUGGACGAGCUGCAGGUCUUGUGUCAACAACCGUCCCCAGCUGCACCUAGGAAGACAUCGCAGGUGUCCAUUAAUGAUGCUAAACCUGCAGCCAAAACAGAGGUUGAUAAUGAAUGGCUUCAGGGCACAAAUGCCUUGAAAGCAGAGAAGCAAAGAGAAGUGGCAGUUGCAAAGAUGCCGAAGAAAAAGAAAGCUAACAAGUCAAACGGUGUGAAGAGUGCACCUGUACAGACCCCCGCCCACUCAGUGGAGAAGGAGAGUACCACUGAUGAAUCGGAUGGAGAUUCAAGUGACCUCGGGGAGGACGAGAAGUUUGUUAAGCAGCUUCAGAGUGUGCGGACCAAUGUGAAAAAAGCCGCUCCGUUUAAGAUCACCCAGCCUAAAGUGCCUAAGGAGGAGGAAGCAUGGGCGUCCCCGCUACUCCCCCGACACUGGAGGAGACAUGAUGCCCUUCGAAGCCUUCACGAAGGUGGGACCAAUAGGAUCCAAGAUUUCAACCAAUGCCCAACACUACACUCCACCCAUAAGAUCAGUUGGGCUACUGCAGUGGCUCCGACGAUGGGACUAGAUGAUUUUGGGGCUCCAGGGAGGAUGGCAGAAACACGUGCCGGCUCUGUCUCGCGUGCCAGCCCAGACAGAAGAUCUCCCAAACCUGCUGCUAAAACACCUCAGAUUGAAAUAGACUGGCCACUGAAAGAUGAAUUUGACUUCCAGUUAGCGUGUAAAGUCUGUUUCCAGAAGAUUGGAGAGGGGGUCAAAGGUUAUGUUUAUAAGCCAUUCCGACACAACUGCUUGAAGAACUUUUUUCUAAUUAGACUUAAGGAUAAGGAGAACUUGAACUGGUUGAAAGUUCGAUCCCGAGCAGAGUCCCAGAUCCAUCGCAAUGCCAACUACAAGAUUUGUCAGCAGUUCCAGAACUCAGUGCCAUGUCGUGUAGGGGAAGAGCGCUGUACCUUUCCACAUCACUGGCCAGAAGUUCGACUCUGGGGCAUGGACAGGGAGGGCAAGUUUAUCAUUACAGAAUUUGUGGAGCAUCUUAAAAAGAUUGGAGUUGACACCAGCAUUGGCAGAGUGCCAGCUUCAUCGGUCACUGACCUCAGCCAGAAGCAUGUCAUCCCAGGAAUGAACUACCAGACAGCUACCCCGACUGCUCAAGCGAAACCAGUGCCUGCUGGCCCUACCCACAUGCCAUCAGCCCCACCUCCAUCCAGGCAAUCUCCCCUGAUAACUAAACAACCUGCUGUCGGUAUACCACUAAUUCCAGGCAGUGCUAUGAUGCAACAACCCCAACAAUUCACCAUCCACCCCCUAACUUUUCAGUUCCACCCCCCAACAUUCGAGGACCCCCACCAGAUGACAAGUCCUAUUGCUUACGCACCCCCCGAAGAAUACAGACCACCUGCAGCUACACAUCCAGAUGGAGAUGCAGGCUCGAGGGUUAAGAUGGAUAAUCCUAUAGCAGAGACUUAUGAGUUCAAGGUCAUGUGUAAGAUGUGUUUGUGUUACAACAAUUUCCCAGGCCGGUAUAUCUACAGCCCCCACCCCCACUUGUGUGAAGAGAACCUCCUGGCCAUGAGGGGGCGGCAGGGAAACAAUCCCUGGUACCGGGUGCGGGAACGGAAGAAUCACCGUGAAUUCCCCGGGAACUAUGUCAUUUGUAACAGUGUCACGUACAAUCGGAUUGAUUGGUGUCACUAUGGAGAGGAAAACUGCAGUUUUGCCCACAACAUCAUCGAACAGAUUCUAUGGACUUUGGAAAAAGAUGGAGGCAAUUUUAAUGUGACCGAGUUCAUCAUGCAGAAUCGGUCCUCAAGUAAGAACAGAGGUUUCUCUCUCAAUGAAAUCCUCUCCAAACAUGGUGGUUACUUUGCCUUCAUCUGCCGCAACUGCUACUACAGCCAACCCCCAAUGAUAGCUACAGAAGGUGGUAGUGGAUUCUGCAAGGGAAUGUUCAAACAUCCAUGGCAGUCAGGCUCUGUUCUGGCCCACUUUGCUCCAGAUGGGGCUGUUACAGUCAUCAACAGCAGAGGAUUCCUACACAAAACAGCCUUCUUUAAAAUCUGCAGAUGGCUUCUUUUCUGUCGAAACUUGUUUCUGGGAACCUGUCGUUUUGCCCACAGCAUGGUGGAGCGAGAUGUAUGGAUGCUGGAGCGUGAUACUGGAAUGAGCAGAAAGGAGAUUGUCCAGGAGUCUGACAUCCUGACCAGUCGAAACCAUGCAGCAGAACCACCUCUGCCGCCUGGGCUCUCUACAGACACUCGACGUCCGCCUCCAAAAACAACAGCAGCAACAGCACCGACGAGGACUGCAACGCCACCACCAUCAGCAGCAGGACCUGGUGACUGCCCUUACAACGUUCAGAUCAUCUGUGGAAUAUGCUGGAAGAAGGGAGCCAGAAGCACCCAAGACGGAAACAAGGACAGAUGCAGCAAGUUGCACAACCUGUGGCACCAGAUUCGCAUGUUCCAGGUUCUCCCAAGCUUGAAAGAGAUUCGGCCUCUCCCAAGGAAGAUCCCCACCAACUACCACUUCAUUAUCUGCAAGUAUGUGAGAGAGAAGAAGAAGUGUGACUACAACCUGGGAGGGCCAUGUCAGUUUGCACACGGGGAAGAGGAACUGGAGAUCUGGAAAUGGAUGUGCAAAAAUAAUGUGAAAACGCUGGAUGACCUUGCCGAGGCUUCCCGCAAAGCCCAACUUGUACCUCCACCAAAACCGGGCGAGUCUGUGGUGUCUGUACAGAAAGCUGCAGCUCGCGUCAUUGCUCCCUCUGACCUGAACUUUAACCCCCACUACUGCCAGUACUGCGGUAUACAGUCCAACAGUGAGAAGCAGUGGGACAACCACUGCGCCUCGGAGCGGCACACGUUCAACGUCAACUCCGACAAGGAUCAUCAGUGGAACCAUCGCCAGCCUCCCUGGGGAAUACCAUCCUCCAGUUACGACCUCUGCGCUAAACACAUGAUUGAUGAGAGGUGUCAGUACUCCCAUGUUCCGGAGAUGUACAACCUUUGUAACUACGCCCACUCGGAGGAGGAACUGGACGAGUGGAAAGAGCGCUACGAGUGGCGGCAAUUGAAGAGAGACAUGGCCAAGAAACAGAAGGUCUUUUCCUACAUGGAUCAACUCCUUGAGAAGUAUGAGACAUCCGAUUCUGGGAUCGCUGUUAUGUCGGAGGAAGUUGAAGGUGUGACGGUCACUCCGCCCAUGGAGUCUCUGAAUGUGUACAGAGAGGAUAAGAAGGCUUCGCUUGUGUGGACAUACAUCAUCAGGUCAAUUAAUCCUCUUCAGAAGGUAGCCCUGCUGUACAACCGAGACAGACUCCACUUCACCAUCUGCUCUCAGGAUGGCAAAACUCACCAGAUUGCUCCUGGAGACACGUUUGAGAACACAGAUGCCAAAGGGAUGGCUUGCUAUAGAGUUGACAUCAAGUUUACUGGUGGCAUGUUCGGCUCCUUCAGCCAGUGGGUCAUCUUCGACUUCGGCUCUGCGCCCGUCCUGGUCCGGAAGAUGUCCGUGGAGGUUGGUCAUCAGAGGAUCCAUGAACAGGUGCAUUCCCUCCGACAGAAGUUGGCAUUUGAUCGAUGGACCAGCCUCAAUCGGGAAAUAAUACGUCCAGGCAACAUGUGCGGAGAUGAGUUCAACGAACAGCUGCUAAGGAAAUACAAGGAGCCCAGUUCCUCGGAACAUGUUGUCACCCAGAACAGCAUCAUCGCGGAGCUCAACCGCAACAACUACAUCCACAAGAUGCACAAGCUCCUGGAACUGGAGGAGAUGACCAGACAUCACAUCAUAUCCAGCUACAAUCUCCGUACUGAAAUUGAAAUCAUCAAUCAAAUAGAAGACAAGUGUGCAAUCUACCCUCGACCUGGGGAAAUGUUCGGCAGAGUGCAUCUCACAGAGAAUCUCACAGAAGACACAAAUGCCGGCAAACUGAUCCUGACCAGUGUCAAAAAGGUUCUGAUGGCCCCAGUGAAUGACAGCAAGAAAACUGUCUAUGAGGCAAAUAUUGUGCGCGAGGACAACUUCAACUACGACGGCCGAGGCAAGGAGUACAUCUACCUGUGUAUUCCGCCUGUGUGCGUCAAGGGGCUGAAGAUCCGGCCAGAGAUGAAGCUGGAGCUGGAGAUACAGUUCCAGAUGCAUCGCCUCCACUUCUGCCGCAUGCACUACGCCAUUGACUGCCUGAAGAACACGGACAUCGUGUUCCCUGACUUCGUCCAGCUCAGCCCUGAGUGGAAUGAGAAGCAUGUCCUAAAGAUCAGUUCGAAGAUCUUGAAUGACGACCAGAUGGCAGCUGUGAAACACAUCGUAGCUGAACGUACCGGCUACACACCGACCUUCAUUAUGUUUGGUCCAUUUGGCACUGGCAAGACAGAGACACUAGCCCAGGCAGCGAUGGUGCUCUUAAAGGAGAGAAAAGAGACAAAAAUUCUCAUCUGUGCACAAUCCAACAGUGCUGCGGAUCUGUACAUCGUUAAACACCUGGACCCAUUCCUGCGACGGAACAGCAGCGUCAGUCUCCGCCGCAUCUACAUCAAGGAGAGGCGAGUCAACACUGUGCCACCUGAGGUCCAGAAGUACUGCAUCUUCAAUGCCGAAAACAUCGCCUUCGAGUUCCCCUCAAAGGAGGACAUCAUGAAUCACAGGAUUGUCAUCACUACCGUAGAGACAUCUCUGCAACUCACCAAGCUCGGCCUUCAGGGCUACUUCACACACAUAUUCAUCGACGAAGCUGCGCAGGCACUGGAGUGUGAGACAAUCAUGCCGCUGUCACUUGCUACUGAGAGGACCUGCAUCGUGUUGACGGGAGACCACAAGCAGAUAAGCCCCAAGGUUUACAGCCCAGAGGCAAGACAGCUCGGCUUCCACACCUCGCUGUUGGAACGACUGUACGCGUACUACGAGAGCUUCUCAGGGAAGAUCGCCAACAAGUCCAACAACCCACUCAACAUAUUCCUCAGCAUCAACUACAGGACGAAGAUGGAGAUCCUUCGCUUCAUCUCCGCCAUCUUCUAUGGGGGACCAGAUAGCCUCAAGGCAAUGGGAAUUGUUCCUUCUGUGGUGGAGCUGACGCCACUGGUGUUCUACGUGGUUCAGGGGCGAGAGAUCCAGGACUCAGACAGCACCUCCUACUACAACAUGUCAGAGGUGGAGGAGAUCGUAGAGAGGGUGGAGGACCUCUUCAAUAACUGGCCCACUGAGUGGGGGGAGAGAGCACCUCAGGAGAUUGAGGUCGUCACCCCAUAUUAUGACCAGGUUGUUCUGAUCAGACACAUGUUGAGGAAGAGGAGGCCAGAGCUACGGAGAAUCAGCGUCGACACAAUCCACAACGUUCAAGGAAAAGAGUUCCGUGCCCUAUUCAUCAGUACCUGCAGAACUCGGCAUCUGCUGGAGUCCAGCCACGUGGAGAACCUGCUGAAAUCAUCCGAGUGUGACGGUGAUAUCGGGGACUUCGGCUUCCUGUCAGACCCUAAGCUGCUGAACACAGCCCUGACUCGGGCCAAGUCCUAUGUGUGUGUUGUGGGUGAUCCGGUCGGCUUGUGUGCAGUUGGAGAGUGUGUCCAAGUGUGGAGGACUUACCUGAAGCACUGCGCCAACAUGAAGAGCUUGUUCCCUCCAUCAGUAACAUACGACUCCAUCAAGAGCCAAGUCCUCAACCUGCAGAUGUCACCGAUGGGACUGAGGUUGACAGAGAUAACGGAACUGAGUCGUAAUGCUGAUGUAAUGCAAAGGGCAUCGCUGUCAGGAGCACGGGGAGAAAAGGAUUCGAAGGUCUGGCAAAGCAAGAAUGGCCCUGGAUCUUCAACAUCUCAGCCUGCCCCUGCAUCAUCUCAUACACUGCCGCCAUCAUCUCGGACAGUGACGCCAACUCAGCAGCCUUCUCAGAUAUCGCGGUCUUCCCCAGUUGGUCAGAAACCAGUUGCACCCCAACCUCUAAGGCCCCUGGGGACGAAUGGCUUCAUGCCUCAACCACCUCCUCUGAAGCAGUUCAGUAGACAGCUGCCAGUUGCUGAAGACAAGCAGGUUGUCACACAUGAAUGUGAUGGCAUCAUCAAGCAGAUUGCUGCUGACGGUGGAGAUGGAAGUCAUCUGGACAUGGAGUGUAUCAGGGUGAAGGAAGAUGGAGGCCAUGCUGUUGUACAUUAUGAUACCACCUGGGCCCAGGAGAAGAGGAGACUUCAGUCCGAUGAGGAUCAAGAUUCAGACACGGCACUGUUGGAUGAAGAGCAGGGACAGCGGAAUCUCCUAAAGAACUACAGCAUCUUCCAUCUGAGAAGCUUGAUCCAGAGUAGUCCUGACAAGUACAAGCACUGUGUGCUUCAUAUUGAAUCAUCCAGGAAGAUGUUUGCCAGAGUAAUCGACGUCACCUCACCGAUCCACCAGAUUAAACUGAGCAGUCGAAGACACUGCGGUCAAGCUUUCAACAAUGACGAGGUGGUUGUGGAGGUUUUGGAACACGAAGCAGAGCAUCAUGAAGUCCAUGGCCAAGUGGUUGGAAUUCUACGACGAGCAAUCGACCCCAGUAGUAAAUCCUUUGUCUGCAGUGUUGAAGCCAGUAGGACUGGUGUCCUGAUACCCAUCAACAGAGGCAUCCCUAGGAUCUUCAACCUGACAACCCCGACACAGGCACAGAUGGGGUCAAGUGAACAGGUCUGUGUGUACAGGUUGAGACAGGACCAGAAGGUGGAGUUCUCCCACUUUGAAACAGUCAAUCCGAAGCGAUGCAACCAGAAAUUGUUCCUUGUACGUUAUUUGAAGUGGGACCUGUCGUUCUACUGUCCAUUUGGAAUUGUGAUUGGUGUUCUACCAGAGGGCCGAGAUCUGGACACUGGGAUGAAAUUGGUGGAUCUGGAACACAGUGUCUCACAGAAAGAUGUGGACAAUGAGAUUAUGGCAAUGUACCACAACUACAGCCUUCCUCAGGAGUUGUAUAAUUCCAGGGAGGACCUGACUGACAGGUGGUGCUUCACAGUCACGAAGCCGUCAUCACAAGACCUUGAUCAGGCUAUGAGCAUAGAGCAGACAGCCGAUGGCAUGUACGAGGUCGGGAUGCACACCUCCGACAUUGCCUUCUUCCUGCAACAGGGCUCCAGUGUGGAUGAAGAGGCCCAGCGUAGAGGAGCAUCCUUCUUCCCCCUCAGCAGAGAUCCACUUCACAUGUUGCCCAACAGGCUUAGUACAGAUCUUUGUAGUAUCCAGCCAGAUGAAGACAGAUUGACUUUGUCAGUUUUCAUGACUGUUAAUGGGUCUGGAGAGAUCACAAAAGUAGACAUGAAGAAAUGCAUCAUUAACUCAAAGAAGAGAUUCUCCUUCAGAGAAACGGAGGAAAUUCUUCACAAUUCUGAGGGUGCUCAAACUGACUACUUCACUAGCUGUAUGGUGGUUCUGUACCAAGUUGCACUGCUAUGGCGCCGGAACAGGCUGGGGAAUGAUUACCUGUGUGUCAACCUGGAAGGAUCCAACAAGAUGACCCCAAAAGCUCAUCUUUUGAUGGAGGAACUGGGGAUCACUGCCAACCACCAAGUAGCAAAGAUCCUGUUGAAUGUCUAUCCACAGGCUACACCCUUGAAAUGCCAGGGGCCAAUGAACCAGCAGCUGUCUGAUGAAUGGAAAGAAAAGCAUGCCACAGAUGCUAUCAAUACUGUGGCCCUGACCAAACCCUUCUUGGAUGGAAACAGAAUCUGUAAGUGUAGAGUAGCUUGUACAUGCAUCUUCACCUACAUCAGACAGAGGGGGAUCCAAGCUCAAGGAACAUUUGAUAUUAUCAAGGGUCUGUGGAAGACCUUAUGCAUUGCAGCAGACACAGGGAACUAUGAGCUUGUCCAGCAGCUUAUUGUUGCUCCAGAAAACCAUCCUCAACUUGCCAUCGCUCAAGCAGAGCUGUGCAGAAUCCAGGAACCCACCAACUAUGCAUGUUCGGCUGAUGUCAGUGCCGAUAAACAGGGACACUACUCUCUAAAUGUUACACCCUUCACUUCCUUCACAAGACCUCUCAGUAGCUACAUAGAUGUCGUGGUCCAGAGGUUGAUGGCCGCCAGGAUAGACAACACGGCCUGUCCAUAUAGUAAGCUGGACAUUCAGACCCUUUGCAGUCAGUUCAGUAGCGUCCUAAACAGUGAACAUAGCUACGAUCAAGCUAUGCUGACCCUCCACCUGGCAGCUGCCCUGAGAAAGAAGCCGAUUGUUAUGCAUCCUGUAGUUGAGAAGGUAGAUGACUCAACCAUCACCUUGCUCUUCCCCAACAUCAAGGAUGUUCCUGUCUUGGAGAAGAAUGUCAAGAUGGUCCAUCUUGGUCUAAGCGACAAGCCUGAAGUAUCUGAAGAUCCUGUAGAAGUGAAGGUAAAAUGGCAGGAGAGGAUCUACGAUACUGCUGGACCAGUUGCAAACAUGUCACAGGCAGACCGAGGUAAGGAAUUGGACCCAGACAAGUUUGUGAACCAGGUUCCCGCCUUCCACUGGCAACGUCUGCUUAAUGCCAUCCGAGAGGAAGAUUUCGCUAAGCUGCAGACAAUGGUCUCCUCUGUCAGGGAUCAAGUGGAGAGUAUUGUUCCAGAAGGUCACUUUGCUGAGGAUGUUUCAUCUGAAGGCUCCAGAAACAGAAACGCUAGCAGCUUUGUAGAUUUCUCUCUCAAGUUACAUCCUAGUAUGGUAAUGUGUGUUCAGAUAGCUGCAGAAGUUAACAAAGGUCUCCUGACUCCGAAGGUCCAGCUGCUUCAUCUGACCCCAAAACUGGACAUUUGUCUGGAACAUCGCACCUCACCCAUGAAAUGCUUCACUGGCAGUACUGCCAAACCAGCGUCCAGACCCACAUACAGCAGUGAAAGGGAUUAUCAGCAGUGUUGGAUGCCUAUCAUUGGGAUGGAGGCCGCUACCCGGGCAGUUGAGAGCCUGGAGAGCAUCAUUGUACAUAAUGUUAGUGUGGAAUGGGGGCCUGCAUCUGCAGCUUCUUACUCAGGCAAAAUAACCCUCCCUGUAAACUUCUGUAAAGAGAGGAAGAUCAAGUUCUCCAGCGAUAUCCAGUUCGAUGACCUGCUUGACAAGAGCAGCUCGUUAGCACAGAGCUUCUUCCAAGACUUCAUGUGUGUGAGGUACAAGGAGCUCCAGCUGCCUCCUGAUCCAACUCUGCAGGAAGAUGUGUCUGUUCUGUUGAACUCCUCGGAUCCAGUGACGUGGGUCGGACAUUGUCGUGUCCGAGGCGUAGAGCGGAUGAUGGGUGAGCAGCUGCAGGUGCAGGUGGACCUCAACCAGAGCAGUAUGGCGCUGCCAGAUCAACUCCUGGGCCCUGAAGGAGCCAGGAUGAAGUGCACAGUGGAGUGGAUUGCCAAGACUCCUCAAGACAGGAAUGCUGAGUAUGCACUGCGAUGUCUGGAUGGGGCAGCAGAUUUAGCUAGGGCAAUAGCCACAGGAAGGAAGCCCGUAGACAAUAAUCGUUUUGCUGAUGUAGACGUCCUGGCACAGAUGCCAUGCACCCCACUUCCUCCUCCCAACCAGAACCAGCAACGAGCCACCCAGGAGGCACUUAGUCAGCCCUUCACAGUUAUUCACGGCCCCCCAGGCACAGGGAAGACCAUGACGGGGGCCAAGCUGGCCUCUAUGUUCUGUGAGCGCAAUAAGAAGAGUCCAAACCAACCAGCACAAGUCCUCAUCUGUGGGCCUACUAAUAAAUCACUUCAUGUUGUUGCAGCUUAUCUACUGAGUAUGGGUCCCAGGUGCCCUCGUCUUGUACAUGUGUAUAGUGAGAAAUUAGAGCGUAGAGAUUACCCGCUCCCUCGAGACCCUAUCGCCCCUAAGAAGCGCAAAGCCUCCGAAGUGUAUGUAGAUCCACAUAUAAAACAAAUAGCUCUUCAUGAGCUGAUCCGUCAAGCUGCGAACCAGUACAGCCAGCAGAUACAAGAGUUAGAUACGUUGUUUGGGCUUUACCCGGACGAUAUAAGUGAUGAUCAGAUCAACGACUAUCUGGAGCUAAUUACCACAGCAUCCGUGGCGGAACUGCAGCAGGCAGAGAUUCUGCUGGCUACUUGUUCCACAAGUGCAAGACAUAAGAUGAACUGGGGAACAAAUGUACAACAGGUUAUCAUCGACGAGUGUGGCAUGUGUACAGAGCCAGAAGCCAUGAUCCCAAUUAUCCUGUUCCAAGGAGUAAAGCAAGUAGUCCUGAUCGGGGACCAUCACCAACUUCAGCCACCUGUCAAGGAGAUGGCUGCUAAACAACUUGGUCUCAAUAAAUCUUUGUUUGAACGCUACGCCUCAAGAGCACUCAUGUUAACAACUCAGUAUCGUAUGCAUGAAGGAAUAGCUGAGUUCCCUUCUCGUUACUUCUACUCUGAUCGCCUGGAAUGUGGCACGUCGUCUCAGCUUAACGCCGCCCCCUUGUCAAUCUGGCCUAACGGUAGAAACCAGCCUGUUACCUUCUGCCAUGUUGCUGGCACCGAGGACUCGCAGACACCUGCUGCCACUUCCACUCAGUCCAAGAUCAACGACCGGGAAGUCAAUUACGCUGUUACUAUCGCCACUAGCUUAGUUAACCGGUACAGAGUGAGUGAGUCUGAUAUUGUAGUAUUAUCACAACACCAAGCCCAGUGUGCCGCUAUUCAGAAAAAACUGCAGCUGAAGGGACUUCGCAAAAUAACCGUCUGCACAGUUCUAGCGAGUCAAGGUAGAGAAUGGGACUAUGUUAUAAUAUCAACUGUGCGAUCGAUGCCUAAAUGUCAGGUAGAACGACAACCUACUAGUGGCUGGAUUUGCCGCAACAUGGGAGCAGUUGUAGACCAUCACCAAGUUAAUGUGGCGAUCACGCGAGCUAGAAAAGGACUUGUGCUUAUUGGUAACAAGUACCUGCUUCAGUGUGACCCACUGUGGCGAGAACUUCUCAGAGAUUACAGAAACAAACAGAAGCUACUUGAUGCUGAUGACUUUCUUCGACUAAUGACUUAAAUCUGUGUAAUCAGAUAAAAUGGUAACGUUACCGUGAUGACGAAGUUGAAUCAGAGACGAUGUAGGGGAGGACGACGAUGACGACGAGGAGUGGAUGUUAGGAUCUGUUCUGGACGUCCAGACAUGGCCUGCUAUAGUGUAUAAUUUGCAUGAUUAUAACAAUGCUUCUUGUAAGAUUGUCUUGCCGAUAACAGAUUAUCACUAUCUUAGUUAUAGUCUUAUAUAUACUUUGGUGCAGGGUUUGCCAACAUUAUUUGGAUUUGUUUAUUUUAAUUGUCUCUGUUGUUAUUGAUACUGUCAAACACGAGAAUACACAUAUAAAUGAACUCAGUAUAUCAGUGUGUUGUGUAAUACUGUACUCAGGUACGUUCCAGUUAUAUGUCAGUCUUUACAUUUUCAGACAAUCAAGUGGUUGACGUAAUGAGCUCCGAUCUUCACAAUUAAAGUCAUAUAUAAGUUAAUUAGAAUAUAAGAGUUAAGAAAUUGUUGCUGCAAAUCUCUAACAAUUCACCUUGCAUGACUAAAUGUCUUUCAAGAGUGAUAAAACUUCAUCAUAUUCACAAAGCCAUUUCCGUCCAAACUCCCAUUAAUUUUACUCAUGGUGUUUGCAUUGCUAGGUUAGUGGAACUGGGCCCAGGGUCUGUGUUUCUAAGUGAGGGCUGUUACUUUAACAUGACAAGCUUGUAUGGAUUUGUCCAGUAUUAUUGCAUCAAAGUUCUUAAAAUGUAGUAGUUAGAAGCAUUAGAUAAUAUUUGGAGGCUGGAUUUGUAAGUAAUGUAACAAUUACUUUGAUGAGACAUAUUUGGCAGCAAACAAAAAUUUGUGACAGAAUCAUGCGAACAAUUUGGUUUGAUGCAUUCUAUGGUUCCUAUGAAGAAGGGCGUAGGGUAGCCUUGUGGUAAAGGCGUUUGCUCAUCACGCCGAAGAUUGGGGUUCGAUUCCCCACAUGGGUACGAGUGAAGCCCAUUUCUGGUGUCCCCCGCCAUGAUUUUGCUAGAAUAUUGCUAAAAGCAGCGUAAAACCAUACUCACUCCUAUGAAGAAUGUGAACCAGUUUAUGAUGCCUUUUUGUCAGGUUUCACAGUAUCUUUGGUACACACAAACUUCCACGGCUCCACUUUGUCACACAGGUAACACUGUUCUUGUUUAUGUAUUAUAAGUAAAUAAAUUUUCAAGUUUAUUCUAACACAAAUGGAAGGUGAGAGGAAAUGAUUCAAGAUUUAGUGCUUGCUAGCCUGCCUCUGAAUACGUCUCUAUAUGAAUAUAAGAAUUAUUACAUACCCUCUGAUGGCAUGAGCAAUACAUGUUGAACCAGAGUUUAAUUGACACAGCUGUGCUUACGAUGAAUCGGGUCUCCAUUUUGAUUGCAGCAUUACAUAACAGGGUUAAUAUAUUAUAAUGACAGUGUUUCAUUACAACCCUCGAGGACAUUAAGGUCAUAGGUCAAAUAGU